GGAUGAUAUCGUUGCUGAAACGGAUGUUAGAAUCUCAAGUGUUUAAUUUUAAUUGCAUGAUUAAAGCAAAUAUAACCGACUCAGAACAAAAGAUGUUGCUAUCAUGCAUGUCAGGACAUCUUUUAUAAAGAUGGAAUCCAACUUCACUUUAUCUAUUUACACAAGUAUAUCAUCAUCGCCUGUCUCGACUGUCAAGGAAGCUAGUGUUUAGGAGCGAUUUCAAUAUUUUUAAACUAUAAUUCAAUCAAAGUUAACUUUCUCUUGAACUGAAAAUUUUCAAAAUGAAACAACUAAUCGUUUGUCUUGUCUUCAUCUUGCUCUCGUUGAUUGUGCUGGUCGCGGAAUCAUCCAGCACCUGCCGUUGCUCGUGUGGCGACAACCAUGAUGAGGAAUUUUGGAAGAAAAAAACGGAAGAAAAAGCAAAACCAACUCUGAAACAGUGCGCUUUUAAAAAUCUUCAAGAUGAUCGAGAUAAUGGCCAGAUAAUGACUUGUGAUUUUCAAAAGGCUCAUGCCAGCUCAGCUUUGCGUGUCACGUAUCAAGGUGACAUCCGGAUGCUGAGCUGUUCUAACAACAAAUGUUGUCGUCGUUGGUAUAUCACGAUCAAUGGUAAGGAAUGUUCGUCGCCUGCACCCAUCGAUGCCUCCUUCUAUGCAGGUGGAGGAGGUAGUCUUAACCUUCAUCGUCCAGCUACACUGGACGGCCUUUGUAGCAACAUUCCCAAGGGAAGGAUCACAGUUGGCCUUUCCGUUGGAAACUGCAAGUACUCGCAACAGUCAUAUUCUGGUGAUGCGUACACAUGCUGGAAUUCCAGUUGUCGUCUGAUCAUUGAAGAAAUAAAUGCACUGCAAUGAAUACAAAAAGACAAAACCCAGUUCGCUAACUCGGUAAAAUGUGAUUGCAAAUAGAGUCUUUCAAUAAUUUGAAACAAGUCUGUAUAGCCUUGCAUGGU